AUGAAUGCGGAGGCAGUUGACAGUGUUAGUAAUCUGUUAGGCUGUUUGUUUCAAGUUGUUAAGGCGGUUAGAACUGCUGAGCAGACAGCUUUGUUAGCUGUGCAAUAUUCUGCAUAUGUUAAUAGAUUCAAUAUUCAUUCAUUUCUAAAGCUUUACAUAGCUUCAUGCUCAUCUCUUGUUCAUGCUCACCUUGCCAUUGAUGGCCCCUUUCUCACAUGGGACAAAACGCAGUCAUUUCGUGGAUCUCGAAUCGCCAUAGCCAUUGUGAUCGGAGUUCUUCUUUGCUGUCUCAUCGCUUUCUUUUUCCCUCACGGCCUCAUCAAUCCCACUGCCUCCGUUCAAAACCAUCAAAUUGGCAAAUCAAGUUUCCAGAUUGGUUCUUCGUCGUGUGAAUCCUCGGAGAGGAGUAAGAUGCUGAAGUCUGAAAUCGUAUCACUAUUAGAGAAGAAUUCUGAAUUAAAGAAGCAGGUCAGGAAUAUGAAGGAGAAGUUGCAACUGGCCGAACAAGGAAAAGAUAAUGCCCAAAAGCAAUUUCUGGUUUUGGGUGAGCAGCAUAAAGCUGGACCUUGUGGUACUGUCAAAGCUUUGCGGACUAACCCGACUGUUGUCCCUGAUGAAUCUGUGAACCCAAGAUUGACUGUGAUCUUGGAGAAAGUUGUUGUUCAGAAAGAGAUUAUAGUUGUGCUUGCAAAUUCAAAUGUGAAAGAGAUGUUGGAGGUUCAAGUUUCUAGCAUCAAGAGAGUUGGUAUACCGAAUUACCUAGUUAUAGCUUUAGAUGACAAUGUUGAAGAAUUCUGCAAAUCAAAUGAUGUCCCAGUGUACAAGAGGGAUCCGGAUGCAGGUAUUGAUGUCGUUGGGAGAACAAGAGGCAAUCAUGAUGUCUCUGGGUUGAAGUUCCACAUCUUAAGGGAGUUUUUGCAACUGGGUUAUAGUGUCCUUUUAUCAGAUUUUGAUAUAAUAUACUUACAAAAUCCGUUCAACCAUCUUUAUCGGGAUUCUGAUGUAGAGUCCAUGACUGGUGGUCAAAAUAACAUGACAGCUUACGGAUAUAAUGAUGUCCCUGUUAAUGAAGAGAGUAUUGAUUUCAAAGAAGAUGAUAUUUGGAGUUCCUCCGUGAUCUCAUUCGACGAAUCUAAGUCUAAAGAUAAAUUAGACGUUGAGAAAGCAGAGAGAAUAUUAGACUAUUAG